CUUCACAACUUCACAACGAGCACAUCACAUCGACGACUCGACUUCCUUGAUUCUUGAGUGGGAACAAAGCCGCUCGCGUAGCUAUAGUGCAGGCAACAGAAGUCACAGCGUCUGCUAUCUGUCUUCCGUUGAUCGCCGUUUCUUCACCAGCGUCUAGAAGUGGUGUUCCGGAUUAUGUUGCGACCUUGAUGGCGAGUGCCGUCUGUUUCGUAGAUGGCUGCAAGAUGGCAUGAAGUGUGUCUGUCCCUUGCAGCUCGGGGCAGGCUUGUGAGAUCGUGGCCUGCACAUCGGCAUGAUCCGGACAAUCCAGUAAGGCGUGCGCCAGGUCCUCUUUUAUUUCAAGGGUUGGGCGGCAAGUGCAAUGGAGCAACUCUUUUGGAGAUCUUGUCCAUCCUGAAGUCAAAGGUCAAUGCUUUGCCAUGUGCAUAUGAGGGCACAAUUCAACUCUUCUGUCAUAUGCUAGUUGUCGCAGCUACUGUCUGCAGCUGCUGCAAAUCAUUGCGCAUGAUCACAACUGCAAUGUUGUCGCAUGCGUCGGCAUAUGAAGCCUGCAAAUAUGUCUCCUUCCGUAGGUCGUGUUGGCCAAGCUGCUGCAACGAAAGCUGUUAGGAAUUCAAGUGCAUCCCCU